AUGUUGCAGACAAUAUAUUUCACGGAGAAGAAUGAUAACUGUACUGAGAUUAAAAAGAAGUAUGCACGUGUCAAAGAGAAAAAUAUUGAUUUGGAGCAAAGAUUGAAGAAAAAAGAUGCAGUGAUCGAAGCUCUGAAAACAGAGCAGGAGCGAGUUUUGAUAGCUGAGUGCAUGCGCACAUGUGUAGAUUUCCAAAAACAAGUAAUUGCUGAAUUUAACGAAAUGAAAGAUAUUGUUCGCCAUUUGAGGCAGAAUAAUCCGGAAACAGCGGACCCAAAUGGAGCCUACCUAGCUGUUGGAUCACAAAGAAAGGAAGGACUUAUGGAAAAUGUUCAUAUUGGAAGAGAUUUAUGAAUACCAGCGGGACAAUUUGAUACCUUACUAUGCCAGAUAAAACCAACGGUAUUUGUAAAGGAAUUGGCAAAAAUCGUAAUUGGAGAUAAGACAUUGGAAAAAAGCACUGUUACUGGAAAAAUUUCGAACAGAAGCAAAGGGAAUAAUACUGUGCCUGAAAAAUUAGAUGGUCGCAAAUUAGCAGCUAUAAAAGAUUCAUUAGCAUUUUUUCUCUCUACAAAUUAUUUUGACAAGAUGGAUAUGGUGA